CACCAGCAGCUCCUGGGUUCUGGCCCGUGACUUUCUAGCAGGUGCUUCCUUCCCUGGGUCAAACCCAGAGCCACAAAGGCUUCCAUUAGACCAUUCUGGAAAGUGCCGUUACAGAGCUCAGAAAGCCUGGGAGGGAGGUGAGCAGGAACCAGGGGUGCAAUGACCCUCUCCUCAGAGCAGGGAGGACAGUGCUCCCCAGCUGGUCAGGGCCCAGGAGCGGUGGGGCGGCUGGAGGGGGCAGGGUGCUGCCUGCGGGUCUGGAGCCAUGGCCUGGACGGCUGUCCUGCUCGUGCUGCUGGCCCACCUCACAGGUUGUGGCCCUCAGCCCACGCUGCAUCAGCCUUCAUCAGCCUCUUCCUCCCUGGGAGCCACCAUCCGCCUCACCUGCACCCUGAGCAGCAGCCAUGACAUCGGCGUUUACAGCAUUUACUGGUACCAGCAGAGGCCAGGCCACCCUCCCAGGUUCCUGCUGAGAUUCUUCUCACACUCAGACAAGCACCAGGGUCCCAAUGUCCCCCCUCGCUUCUCCGGGUCCAAAGAUCCGGCCAGGAACCUGGGGUAUCUGAGCAUCUCGGAACUGCAGCCCGAGGACGAGGCCGUGUAUUACUGCGCCGUGGGGCUCCGGAGCCAGGAAAAGAGGAGCACGGAGAGGGAGUGGGAAGGAGAAGAGCAGCCCACCGACUCGGGAUCUGGAGACAUCCCCACCCUGAACUGAAGACGCAGUUUGCUUUGCUCGGCUAGUCUGGUAUGGGAAGGAGGGGUAGAACGCGGGGCUUCGCAGAGCCAGGAAGCUGGAGCCAUCCAGCUUUUCCUUGUAUUGCGGUGUCACUAUGAGCCCCAUCGGGGGCUGGAUUGUAGAAUUAAA